AUAUGUAACGGGUCUUGUUUAUUGAGCUUUUGAUUGUUGAGCAUUUGAGAGUUGAGCUGCAGAACAAGGUAGUUGGGUAAAAGCCCUUGAUAGUAGUCCACAUGAACAUGGAUUAGCCGUUUAGCCCAUCAUCGUGAAGGUCCAAUUCAUUCACGCCCGAUUAGGCUCUGACGAAAUCCCACCACCGGCGAUUGCUGCUCGCGCCGGAAAGUGGCUCUCUGUCUUCCGUAUAUUAUCAACUUUCCUGGGGAAAAGAACGCAUACGGCUUGAGUUGCUUUAUGGGUUGGCUCUUGGUAAUUUUUUCAUUGAUCGUGCUCUGGAUAGCUUCUCUGUGCAAAGCUCUGCUUGCACCUUCCAAGGAUUCUUUCCUAGAUGAUCGUCAUAUUUUUAUCAAGAGAAAUGUCUUGUUGGUUAUUGCUCACCCAGAUGAUGAGUCUAUGUUCUUUUCUCCAACAAUAAAUUAUCUGAUAGCGCAAAGGCAUAAUCUCCAUAUACUGUGCUUAUCAGUUGGUAAUGCAGAUGGUAUGGGAAACCUUAGAAAAAAUGAACUCUACCAGGCUUGUGCAGUCCUUAAGGUUCAACUUGAGAAAGUGCGGACUCUAGAUCAUCAAGAGUUGCAGGAUGGAUUUGGUAAAGUUUGGAACCACAGCUUAGUGGCAAAGAUCAUUGAAGAGGAAAUAUCUGGUGCUGGCAUUGACUUGAUUAUCACUUUUGAUCACUAUGGUGUUUCGGGUCAUUGUAACCACCGGGAUGUGCAUUAUGGGGUAUGCAAGUACUUUCAUGAUACUUCACGAAGAGAUAUUGAAGCCUGGGAACUAGUCAGUACAAAUUUAUUCCGCAAGUAUAUUGGACCUAUUGAUAUUUGGUUGUCUAAUUUCCACGCCAAGCGAAACCCAGGAAGGUUGACACAUUGCAUCGUAAAUGAACAUCCAAAGAAAAGCUUCCAUGCAAUGGCACAGCACUCUAGCCAAUGGGUUUGGUUCCGCAAGCUUUUUGUAUCACUUUCCAGUUAUACGUAUGUGAACACGCUCAGAAAGAUUAACAAGUAGACACAAACAUUAAUGGAGGAUACCUCAAUCAUCUGUUCAACUCUCUUGGACAAGUCCCUUGGACGAGAAUUUGCGUCUGCUACAUCACCUAAUAGUUUUUACACAUUUUGCCAGCAUCAUGAAGUGUCAUUGGAAUGAGAACUUCAGGACCAGAUAAAUCCCUCGCAUGUAAGGUCAUGAGUAGCACUACUAUGUCUGUACUCUUUAGUGUGUGACCUGGGAUGGAUGCUAUGCGUUGCGCUCCUCGUUUCCUGGAAAUUUGAGGGAGUGAUCAUAUGUUCACUUGUAAAUGCCAUGCAGCGGCUUGUUAGUUUCGCUUAUUUUUUGUCGAAA